AUGUCUUUCUACGAAGGGGACAGCCGCACCGGUCCUCAACCAGCGCCGCCGCCCCGAGCCCUCACGGCCGGCGAGAUCGGAGCCAUCAUCGGCACUGUCAUAGUCUUCAUUGGCGUCGUGGGCGCGCUGUUCUUCUACCGCACACACAAGGCCAAGAGGCGUCGUGCGGAGCACGGCGAGAGGGUUGACGACGAUGACGACGACGAACACCGGCUGCACGACACGAGGCAUCAUAAAGGCGAAGACGGGAUAUUCCAAGGAGGAGGGAAAGUGGUGACGAAACCGCUCCCGGCGAGGAAAAAGACGUGGGACCCGUAUGAAGGGGCGAAGACGGAUGACUCGGAUGGAAAGGGUGCGAUCAUGAACUCUAGGAGGAGACACUCGUUGGACAACGCGCCGCUGUUUGGUGGUUUGGCUUUGAGUCUCGAUUGA